AUCAGCAGCAAUGGCGGCGACAAGACGAGUGCGGGCGUUUAAACGGUGGAUGAAGUCGCAGGGGAUCGAGUGCAGCGACGCCCUCCAGCUCUGCGACUGCCCUUCUACCGGUCUCUCUGUGAAAGCUCUCUGCGAUCUCAGUGAAGGCGACGUGGUGGCCAGAAUCCCCAAGCAAGCCUGCCUCACCAUCAGGACCAACGCCGCCCGCGAACUCAUCGAAGCCGCCGGUCUCGACGGCUGCCUUGGGCUUUCGGUCGCCCUCAUGUUCGAGCGGAGCUUGGGGAACGCCUCUGCCUGGGCGCCUUAUCUUCACCUCUUGCCUUACCAAGAGUGCUUGCCUUUGGUUUGGACCUCGAAAGAAGUCGACUCCCUCCUCUGCGGAACCGAGCUCCACAAGGCAGUGAAGGAAGACAAGGUUCUUAUCUAUGAAGACUGGAAAGAGAGCAUUUUACCUCUCUUGGAAUUAGAAUCCUUUCAGCUAGAUCCAAGCUUCUUUGACAUCAAGGACUACUUUGCCGCUAAAACUCUUAUUGCUUCUCGAUCUUUUGAGAUUGACGAUUACCAUGGCUUUGGAAUGGUGCCUUUGUCUGACCUCUAUAAUCAUAAAACGGCAGCUGAGGAUGUACACUUCACUUCAGUGUCUUCUCAUUCUGAAUCCGACACUGAGGGAGAUAGAAACGAGAUGAGUGAGCAAAGCAAUGAUGAUGAUUAUGAUAAUGAACGUGAUCAAGAACAUGAACCAACUCCAGUUUCUUCCAUGGAUAAUGUAGAGCUGGGCAUUGCCUUUUCAAAGAGGAAGUCUCAGAGUGAUAGCCAUCUGGAAGACAUGGCGGUUUGGGGGCAUGAACCUGCGGCCUUGGAAAUGAUCAUGAUUAAAGAUGUCAAAGUUGGAGCUGAGGUCUAUAAUACUUAUGGGUCGUUAGGUAAUGCUGCACUCCUUCAUAGAUACGGCUUUACGGAGCCAGAUAACCCGUUCGACAUAGUGAACAUCGAUUUGGAACUGGUACUGCAGUGGAGCUUGUCUCUGUUUUCUAGCCGGCGUAGUAGAGCGAGGGUAUCUCUAUGGAGAAAAUUGGGUUACUCUGGGUGUGUUAGCCAGAACUCUGAAUACUUUGAGAUUUCAUUCGAUGGAGAACCACAGAUAGAGUUGCUGAUUGUGUUGCACAUACUGCUCUUACCAGAGGAUGCAUAUCACAAGUUGGAUUUUGCAGUAGCAGCUGCUGGGAAAUUGGAGGAGUUUAAGGGAGACUUCGGUAUGUUCUUAUUUGAAGGAACAUCGGAAAUGAACAGGGACACGUUGAUGAACAAAAAUGUAGGUAGUGCUCUUUUGACGCUUGUGAAUAUGAGAGAGUGUCUUUAUGGUACAAGUUCAUUAGAAGAUGAUAUUGAAGCAUUAGAGAGGUGCUGUCCUAUAAAAGAGAGGAAGCUGUACCAUUCUUUGAUGCUUCGAAUUAGUGAGAGGAGGAUUCUUGAGAAGUGCAGAACUUAUGUUGCUGAUGCUGCUCGGAUGAGAAUUAGAAAGCGAGCUUCCACGCGGAGAAAGGUGAAGAGGACUAGAAAUGGCGAUUACGGUACUCUAUUGUGAUGGUCCAAUGGUUUUUUUCUUCUAUUUCCUAGUAGCAAUUGAGAUUUGAGUUAAUUGUACUGUGAACAACUCCAAGGGACUUGGAUCCUCUGUUCUCUCUCUCUCUCUCUCUCUCUUCCGCCCAAUCAGUUUUGGACACAUUGUUUAAAAUGCCGACUCAAAUUUAACAGUUUUCUCACCAUCUCUUGAUUAUUUAUAUGCAUGGGACCAUCUCUCCUUGCCUUUUUAUUUGUGUGAGGUCCACAAUUACAUGAUGCAAGGAACGAAGCUUCACUAUGUUUCUAAAAUUUCACUAGCCACUUUGUCAAAACUCACUACUGACUUUCACUACUGGCUUUCACAUCGCCCUUUCACUAAGGAUGGCAAUAUUCUCCAAGGAGAUGGGCCCGCGCCAAUGGAGAAUAAUUAUUGACAAUGGGGAUGGGGAUAAAAUCUAGUAGUCUUGGGCUGGAACGGGAAUGGGGAAGCACUC